AUGCUGCAGCAGUUUACGCAGAAGCUGAAGUCUGCGGCGCAGGGCCAUUCGUUGCUGAAAACGAAGAUGGACGCGCUGACGAUGCGACGUCGCGCACUGCAGCGCGAGCUCGCGGAGUCGAGGGUUGUGCUGAACGAAGAGCUGCGCAACGGUUUUUUGGAGCUUGCGCGCACCAACUUCAACGUGGAAGUGACGUACCCUUGGAAGCAGAAGAUUCUGAGCAGCGAACUCGAGCCGACGGUGCUGCUGAGCUCCGAAACGGAGCUGAUCGCCGGCGUGCGGAUCGUGAACUUGAAAAUUGUGCGCGAGAAGAACGCGAACAAGUCGGGGCACUGGUCGCUGCUGCGCGGCUUUCAGAAUCUGCGACGCACGAGCGAGAUCUUCGGCAAAGUGGUGCUGAUGAUCGCACAACUGGCGUCGAUGCAGGCGAAUCUCGCGAAUCUGGCGAAGCAGAUCAAGGUGACCAACCGACGCGUGAACGCGCUCGAGUCGAUAGUGAUCCCGCGCUACGAAGAAAGCAUCUCGUACAUCGGCAAGGAGCUCGACGAGCAGGAGCGCGAAGACUUUUACCGCAUGAAGAAAAUCCAGAAACUGAAACGCAACAAAGGGCUGGCCGACGCGUGA